CGGAGCCACCGAGGAACUCAUAGCUUCACUGACAGGCAUCAAGGUGCUGUCUAUCUCCUCCGACCACCGGCAACGGUCAUCUCUGGAGUUAAUAUCAACCAGUGUUUGAGGUCUUGACUUUGCGUAUUCAGGCCAUUGGGAUAAUUGUUGUUCUGAUUGUUGAUUGUUGCUGUAUAUUGGGUCUACUGGUCUGCGCGGACUCUGUGACUUCAAAGACACUAAAGUGAUGAAGAUAAGAAACUGUGCUGGAAUUACAAAUCCGAGUUUUUUGUUAGUGCAUCCAGAGUCACUUGCUCUUCACUGUCAUAAAUUCCAGUUAAUCUUGAGUAACAAGAGGAGGUCUGGGUUGUUUGCAAGGUUUCGGCACUCUGCUUCAGCUAGAACCUUUGCAUCUGCAUCUGUGUCCAAACCAGACACUGUUCAAUUGCAUAGGAAACAUGGCAGUUCCUCCUUGUAUAGUCGUCCUAGUUUAGUAGAGAUGAAAAAUGAGAGGAUAGCAAAUCGUGCCAAGGUUUAUCAGUUCUUGCAAGGACUUGGUAUUAUUCCUGAUGAGCUAGAUGGGCUUGAACUUCCUGUCACAGUUGAGGUUAUGCGGGAACGAGUGGAUUUCCUGCGCAAAUUGGGGCUUACAAUUGAAGACAUUAACAAUUAUCCACUCGUUCUUGGUUGUAGUGUGAAGAAGAAUAUGAUUCCUGUGCUGGACUAUCUUGGAAGAUUAGGUGUUAGGAAAUCCACUUUCACUGAGUUCUUGAGAAGAUACCCUCAGGUCCUCCAUGCUAGCGUUGUUGUUGACCUUGCUCCUGUGGUCAAGUAUCUUCAAGGGCUGGAUAUCAAGCCAAAUUAUAUUCCUCGGGUUCUUGAGCGAUAUCCAGAAGUCCUGGGUUUCAAGCUUGAGGGUACUAUGAGCACAUCAGUGGCAUACUUGGUUGGCAUUGGGGUUGCAAGAAGAGAAAUUGGUGGGGUUUUAACUAGAUAUCCUGAGAUUUUGGGGAUGCGAGUAGGCCGUGUGAUCAAGCCUUUUGUGGAGUACCUUGAAGGCUUGGGUAUCCCAAGAUUAGCCGUUGCUAGAUUGAUUGAGAAGCGGCCUCAUAUCCUUGGGUUUGAAUUGCAAGAAAGGGUGAAACCAAAUGUUGAAUCCCUUUUGGAGUUUGAGGUUAGAAAAGAAACACUUCCAUCUAUAAUAGCACAGUAUCCUGAAAUUAUAGGAAUUGAUCUUAAGCCAAAGCUUCUUGGUCAACAGAAUUUACUUUGGUCACUUAUUGGUUUGUCUGCUGAGGAUUUUGGCAGUGUAGUUGAGAAGAUGCCACUUGUAGUGAGCCUCAGUAAUUCUCCAAUGAUUAAGCAUGUUGAUUUCCUCAAGGACUGUGGGUUUUCCUUGCAACAAGUGAGGGAGAUGGUUGUGGGGUGUCCCCAUGUGCUUGCUUUGAAUCUGGACAUUAUGAAACUCAGCUUUGAUUACUUCCAAACGGAGAUGCAAAGGCCUCUAGAAGAUUUGGUUGCUUUCCCAGCAUUCUUUACGUAUGGUCUUGAGUCCACCAUAAAACCUCGUCAUAAGAUGGUUGCAAAGAAGGGUUUUAAAUGUUCUCUCUCAUGGCUUCUUAAUUGCUCUGAUGAGAAGUUUAAGGAGCGGAUGCGCUAUGACACAAUUGAGAUGGAAGAGAUGGAAACAAUGCCUUCAUUUGAUAUGAAUUCUUUGAUGGAACCAAGAGGUGAUGAGUCUGAUUCUGAAUACGAGGAAGACAGUGAUGAUGAUGAGCAGGUAUAAAACAACAGGUCAAAUUCUGGUGUUGCUCUGCAGUAGAGAAUCCUUGCCUUCUCAAAUCGUGUCAUCAUAUAGAGAAAAUUGAUGCAAACUUUCUUUCUAAGGUCUUAAUUUUUAAUCAGUCAUGUUAUUUAUUUAUUUAUUUCUUUUUGUAGAAGUCCUGAGAUAUUGAAUGUUAGAAGAAAGUUAAAAUAUUCUUGAAAUGUUCCCAAGGGGAUGUGUGUCAAUUAAGGGUUUAAAACAUU